GAAGUGAUCGGAUUAAUCACGCUCAGGACGUUCGUUUCCGAGUGAAGGUGUAAUCAAAGCAAGCAGUGCAAGGCAGGCAAGUAAAGAAAGCAAUGACCCAAAUAGUGAACAGAAAACUGCGACAAUUUAUUCAUAGCAUACAAUGGGAUUGGAACAAGGACAAGUGACACGACAUUGAUAAGGAUUUCGAAUGGAUGUCUUGAUGUGAAAUGAUCUGAAGCUGGACAGAGCCAGAAACUAAAUUGUGUAAUUCUGAGUGCGCUCCAACCGAGGACUGACAAGUCUGUAUUAUUGCCGCUGCUGCGAGGGAGAGGACGAGAAGGAAAAAGGGGGACUUUAUCAUCCCGGAUGUACUUUGCAAUCAAGGAAAACGUUUUUGUGUUUUUCUCAUGGGAAGUUAGCGUUUCUGAAACGCCGGGUACCGUGGUGGCAUUUCAGGUCGAAAUCCUGGAUGAGUCAUUGGACCGAGCGCACCUGUGCGGCUGGGAGCUGACAGUGACACCACGUCACGACAUAUCUUUAGGAGCUUUGUAAAAUGCAAAUUGCUUUUAAAAAGCGUUAUAAUAAACGCCCAGUGAAGUAGGUUUAAACGGUGGCGUUUGUCCUACAAAAACUCAACCCAUACAUAAGGGAGAAAAUAACUUGUUGGAGGUUAGUUCUUCGCUGUGCCAAGAGCUGCUGUUACAGCUGUCAGUUUUUGGAAGUGAUCAGAGUCGGAUGGAAAAAGGCCAUCUGCGUUCAGGAAUGCGGAUCAUGAGAAUGACCCCUAUCAACCAGUGUCUUCCUCUCUAAGCAGCUUGAAGGAGCUGUAAAGCGUUAGAGAGAGAGAUGUUGAAGCUCCUAUAUAAAGUGCUGGUGUUCACCUGUCUUCACCUUUUACCUCGCUGCACCUCUCUCCCCACAUAAAUCCACGCCCUCUGACAUCAUCCACCACGUCUCACCCUACAGAAAGGUCCCUGGUCCUGGUAGAAGAUGUUCUAUGUGCACCACAACCUGUUCAUUUGGAGCCUUCCUCCUCGAUGGACAUCUCCACGUCAACUCCUCGUCCUAAUACUGGGCUACCUGUGUUGCUUAGCCCCUCUCACAGGUGUGUCAGGUGAGAUCUGCAGGGUGACGGGCGGAGUGUUGGGGAUUCACUGGACCAGCGUCCUUGGCCUGGGCUGGCGGCCCCUGGCUUCUGGGAGGGGCGGUGCGACCUGCUGGGAGUCCUGCUGUCUGAAGCCCACCUGCAGUGCCGUGUGGAGCCUGGGCGGACGCUGCGUGCUGCUAAGCUGCUCCCAGGUGGGGGGCUGCUCCAUCGCCUACCUCCCCCAGCCCUACCUGGAGUCCCUGGGCCUCCUCCAGCAGCUCUCAAAAAGCACCUCCUCCUCAGCCCGACGCAGGAGGCCCAGGAGGGUGCAGACAGGAAGAGGAAGUCCUGGCCAGCGUCAUGCGCAAGUUCAUCACACCAGUACGGGAGGUUUCAAGCCCGCCAGCCACUUGAUUCCAACCAUCGCCAGCACCAUCGCGCUUCAUCAAACACCCAAUCAAAACACCAGCCAGCCGACCAAUGGGAGGGGAGAAUCCCCGUCACCGCCCCAGGAGAACUCCACAUCAGAGGACGCUGGAUCGUCCAAUAGCAGCACAGAACAGACUUUUUCUGCUGUCACCACAGUUCCUACCAUCACCACGUCGCCAACCCAGGCUGUGCGGGAGCUGGUGGUGUCAGCGGGAGAGAGUGUGGAAGUCACGUUACCACGCAACGAGGUGGAGCUAAACGCCUUUGUGUUGUCACCACCCCAGCAAGGGACCAGCUAUGCCUUUGACUGGCUCCUGAAAACUCAUCCCAAAGACUACAGCGGAGAGAUGGAAGGGAAGCACAGCAAGACUCUGAAACUGAGCAAGCUCACACUGGGCCUCUAUGAGUUUGAGGUAACGGUGGAUGGAGAUGGGGCACAUGGAGAGGGCUAUGUCAACGUCACAGUCAAACCAGAGCCCCGCGUCAACAAGCGGCCCAUUGCCGUUGUUUCCCCAAAGUUCCAGGAGAUCUCCUUGCCAACCAGCUCCACUGUGAUCGACGGCAGCCAGAGCACGGAUGAUGACAAGGUAGUGGCUUGGCACUGGGAGGAGGUGAAGGGACCGCUGCGGGAGGAGAAAGUGUCUGAAGACACACCCAUCCUCACCCUCAACAACCUGGUCCCAGGGAACUAUACUUUCAAUCUGACCGUGACAGACUCCGACAAGACCCAGGCCUUCACCCUGGCCACCCUGGUGGUGAACAAGGCCACGGACUACCGUCCGGUCGCCAACGCUGGGCCCAACCAGGUCCUCACUUUGCCACGCAACUCCAUCACGCUGCACGGCAACCAGAGCACGGAUGACCACGAGCCGCUGGCCUAUGAGUGGUCCCUCAGCCCGGAGAGCAAGGGCAAGGUGGUGGAGAUGCAGGGAGUGCGAACCCCCACCCUCCAGCUCUCUGCCCUCCAGGAAGGAGACUACACCUUCCAGCUGACCGUUACAGACACCUCCGGACAGCAGGACACGGCAAAGGUCACCGUUAUCGUCCAGCCAGAGAAUAACAAGCCACCCGUAGCAGACGCUGGGCCAGAGAAGGAGCUGACCCUGCCGGUGGACCGCACCACCCUGGACGGAAGCAAGAGCUCUGACGACCAGAAGAUAGCCACCUACCACUGGAUACAGAGCAGUGGUCCGGAUGGUGUGAAAAUCGAGAACGCCGACAGUGCUGUUGCCACAGUGACAGGGCUGCAGGUGGGCACCUACGGGUUCAGCCUGACCGUGACUGAUGAGCGUUUGUUGCAGAACUCCGACACGGUCACCGUCAUUGUCCGAGAAGAGUUGGACCAGCCCCCGCAGGCGAGGGUCCAGUCCAGCCCGGCCAUCUCCCUGCCGCUCCGGACCGCCUCAUUGGAUGGCUCGCACUCCACAGACGACAAGGGUGGAGUCAACUACCUGUGGACGCGUGAUGGCAGCAGCCCCGCGGCCGGGGAUGUACUGAACAACUCUGACCACCAGGCGGUGCUGUUUCUCAGCAAUCUGGUGGAGGGCAAGUACAGCUUCACGCUCACAGUGACGGACAGCAAGGGCCAGGCCAGCACUGACAAGGGCAUGGUGGAGGUCAGACCUGACGUGCUGGAGCGUGACCUGGUGGAGCUGGUGCUGGAGGUGUCCGUAUCCCAGGUGUCCCACCGCCAGAAGGACAUGCUGCUGAGACAGGUGGGCGUGCUACUGGGCGUGCUGGACAGUGACAUCAUCGUCCGCGAUCUCAGCGCUUUCAACGAGCACAGCACGCGGCUGGUGUUCCUGGUGUCUGGAGGACCAGGACGCCCCCCGCUGGCCGGCCGCAGCGUUGCCAUGGGGCUGCGGAACAAGUUACGGAAACAGAAAAACGACUUUCUCAUCUUUAAAGCGAGGCGGGUCGACACAAUCAUCUGCCAGUUGAACUGCUCCAGCCACGGAGACUGCGACACGUUCACACGGAGCUGCGUCUGCCACCCCUUCUGGAUGGAGAACUUGAUCAGGACGCAGCUGGGCGAUGGCGAGAGCAACUGUGAGUGGAGUGUUCUCUACGUAACCAUAGCAUCCUUCAUGAUUGUGGUUGCCAUAGGAACGUUCAUCUGGGGUACCGUGUGUUGUUGUCGCAGACGCAAAGGCCGAGCACGCCGGAAAAGCCGCUACAAGAUGUUAGAGGCUGAGGAGCAGGACAGUCUGGAGCUGCAGGCACCCAGACCUGGGCGUAUGAAACCCGCCCCACCCCCUUCCUCUUCAGCCCUCAUGCACUCGGACUCGGACCUGGACAGCGAUGACGGGCAGGGCGGUGUCCCGUGGACCGACCGCGAGCGCGGCCACCUCCUCCGGCCCCAGAACGGUUCCCUUAGAAACGGCCAGGGGCCCCCGAGGACCAAGAAGCAGAGAGAUGAGCUGCUAUAGCAACAGGGCAGGGGGAACACCCCUUCCACCCUCAAAUCACUAAGGAAAACACACAAACUUCACACCUCUCCCCAGAUGCUUCUCUGAUAUAUUAUGGGUUGUCGAGUAAUAAGGAGAGAAACCCCUGCUGGACAACAGAAGGUGCAGCCCAACAAAAAAAAAUAGCACAUUUAUUUUUUUUACUUCCCUACAUCCACACUGAGCCAGAAAGGGGGAAUCCAACCAAGGACAAGACUGUGGCAUUUUACUUUAAAAAUGGGAAGUUGACUUAAGAAGGAAUUAAAUGUUUAGAGCCCUGUGCACCACCCCCAGACACGGAGAAUGUACUCCUCCGCACUCUCCCAGGGCAACCCUGAUGGAGCCUCCACACCACUAUUACACAAACCAUAGAACUGAUCUUUUCUUAAACAAGCUCUACAAACUCAAACACGUACAUAUGCACACACACACCCACACUCAUACCUCUUCCCAGGCAGCCACAUGUCAACAAACACUGCCAGACCAAAGACAACCAAUGGUCAACUAUGUCCCAAUAAAUAGGUGACAAUAUGGCUGACGGUGACAAGUGACACUGGAAAAGAAAUACUUCCAAUGGCCCUGACAUGGUUGUCUGUGCAUGACACACGGCUGCAGUUUUAGUAUGUGUUCAAGUUAGAAUGAUUGUCUGCAUGUGACAUGUAUGCAAUUGAAGGUGUGAAUUUGUAGUCUCACCUGAACAUCUUAACUUUCUUAGGCCAUGGUUUCAAAACAUCAGGCUUGAGUUAUUUUGAGUGUUUGUAGUCCACUACAUGCCAGCAAUGAGAAAAGUGACUGUUGUCAGACAUGUUGAUCAAAGGCAGAUGAUUUGUGGUACAUUUGUGUUUUUCUAAAAUGUACGCCACAUUGAAUACUCACUGGAUAACACACUGGAUUACACAAAACUGAUGCCCUUCACCACUGUGACCAUGUUGGAUGAGGAGGAAGAAGUGGAACCAUUGAGAAACGAAAAGGAAGGAGUGAAAAUGAAGGCGUUACUGCUCACCACUCACCUCAAGACAAGUUAUUGAUUGCACCUGGAAGACCACUUUAAAGGCUGUUUUAAAGCAUUGUUUUAGUCA